UCUCGCUACGAACAACUAAAUCCGCAAGUUCUUACCGUCAGGCUACAAACUCGACCUUAACAUCAACAUCGAGACAGUAAAUCAUAUUCAGACUCUUGGGCAUAGAUAAUUACGAAAGAGAGAAAGCGAGAGAAAGAGAAAAGGAAAGUGGAAGAGAGUCAGAGCCAAAAAGCGAGGGAGAGCGAGACAGAGAGAGAGUCUCAGUGAAGAAAGAAAAGAAAACAUGCAACAGAGUACCAGUCCUAGUAGCAGUUCCGACGGCAGCCCCAAUGGCGGCACGGGAAGCGGUGAGCAUUCGUCGUUGUCGGCGGGGCUGACGGGUUCGGCGGGAGUGAACGGACACCACAAGCGGACACGAGUGCUGCUUAGCUGCGCUCCAUGCCGAAACUCCAAGGUGAAAUGCGAUCGCGCAACCCCGUGCGGCCAGUGCCUUCGCAAGGGCAAACCCGAAGGAUGCCUCUAUGCGCCCCGGCCGGAGAAACAGAAGCCACCGAGAAGCAUGGCUGCGCGCUUGAAGAGGCUUGAGGGGAUGGUUCGCGAGAUGAUCGACACCGAUGUCCCUGCGCAGACAGAACCGACAGAGGAUCGCACGGCACCAGAGCCCAGGGCUAGGGGUGUCGUCGUCCAAGGACAUAAAGCUACAAGUUAUGUCGGAGGCACACAUUUCAUGGCUAUCUUAGAGGAUCUCGAAGACCUCAAACACUUCUUCGAUGACCCAGAGGAGGAUGAGGACGAUUCAUACGACCCGUAUGAGAACAUCGGAGCGACUGAGGUGCUCAUGCAGUCGCGGGGAGUGCCCAAGAAUAAGGACCACUUACUAUCUAUUCUGCCCGAAAAGGCCGUUAUCGACCGUCUCAUGAAUCGCUAUUUCAACUCAAAUAGCCCCUCUCAACACAUCAUUCAUGUCCCUACGUUUUUGAGAGAAUACAACGACUUCUGUAAGGAUCCUCAUAGUGCAUCUCUACAUUGGAUAGCGUUGCUCUACAUGAUACUAGCGCUUGGGGUGUUCUUCUCUCUAUUUAGCGCGCCACACGAGCUUGAAAGCGAUUCCCCCAUGUCGGGCAUGGACAGGUUCAAGCAAUACAGGGGCGCUGCCGGGUGGGCUCUCAUAUGGGGGAAGUAUUCCCAGCCAGGCCCUUACACAAUCCAGGCGUUCCUACUAUACGCCGAAGGCGACUUCAUGAGCAACCGGGAGAACCGGACCAACUGCUACCUACUCCUUUCCGUGGUGAUCCGGCUCAUGCUAAAGGCGGGCUUCCACAGGGACCCCAGCAAGCUGCCGAACAUCUCGCCCUACGACGGGGAGAUGCGGCGGCGCAUGUGGGGCCUCGCCAUACAGCUCGAUCUGCUGGUCGGGUUCAACCUGGGCCUGCCCUGCAUGAUCCACGGCGUCGAGAGCGACACGGACUUCCCGACGCACCUCAUCGACACCGACUUCGACCAGGACACCAAGGAGCUGCCGCCGGCGCGGCCCAUGUCCGACUACACGCCGCUGACGUACCCGAUCAACAAGGCCAAGAUCACGCGGAUCUUCUCCAAGGUCGUGCGGCAGGCGCACGCCAUCACGGCGCCGGCGUACGCGGACGUCAUGCGGAUCGACGCGGAGCUCGAGGAGGCGUGGCGGGGGGUGCCGGUGUUCAUGAAGAUGAAGCCGAUGGAGGAGUCGGUGAUGGACCCGCCGAUCAAGGUGAUCCAGCGCUUCGGGCUCGCGUCCAUGUACCAGAAGAGCCGCUGCAUCCUGCACCGGCGGUACAUCGUCGAGGUCGUGCCCAGAGCGGAGCACGACUACUCGCGCCGCGCGUGCCUCGACGCCGCGCUCGCGAUGCUCGAGUACCAGAGCAUCAUGCACGACGCCUGCAAGCCGAACGGCAUCCUGAGCCAGGGCGGCUGGUUCGUGUCGGCGCUGGUCGCCGUCAACGACUUCCUGCUCGCCGACCUCGUCGUCGCGCAGGUGCUCCAGGACGACAAGUGCUGGGACGAGGGCGGCUGGACCGCCCGCAGCAUGCCGACGCUCGGCCGCGACAAGCUCCUGCAGGUGCUGAGAAGGUCGAACUACAUCUGGUACGACAUGGCGACCACGGUGUCCGAGUUCAAGAAGGCGGGGGAUAUUGUGGGCACGAUGCUCCGCAGGGUCGAGGCGCAGUCCGGCGUGUUCGAGAACGGGGACUCGGAGAUCUCGGGCGCGGGGACGACGAGUGGCAGCGGCGGGGAGAUAUCGUCCGUGGGGAAUCUGUCGCUCAGCGGCAGCGGCUUGUCAACGGCGUCGAGCGACAUAGCGGAUAUCUCGGCGGACAUGAUCAGCAGAACUACAGGGCCGAGCCCGAUGAUGACGGUGGGCGGUACUGCGGGCCACAUUGGGGUGGAAUCCCCUUGGGCGAUUCCGAACGCCUACGACUGGAACUACCUUGAUCCCAUGGCGCGCGACCCCGACCCGAUCCAGCCCACGGCGCAGAUGGUUCACGAGGCGUGGCUGGACGGGAAGGCCAUCAAUGAUUUUUCCGGCUUCGCGGCCCCGAAUGCGUGGAACUUUGGUCCGUUCUGAGUUUUGGCCUGCCUACCUAUCUACCUACUAGCCUAAGAGUCAUCUGGAAUUACAAUCAAAUCAAGUCGUAUUGCGAUGUGAAGCAUUUGGUGAUUCAAGAACGGCCCAGCUCUAGUUACGGGAAGGUCUUGGAAUAUCUGCCUAGGUACCUACAUAACUUAAUCUAGCCUCACCUAUCCCAGAGUCUGGGCAUUCUUGUGGUAUAUUCCCUUACCGGCAUGGUAGGGUUCCAACUUCCAAGAUUGGUACUGGUAUAGGUAUAGGCACAGGGGCAUGAACAGGAGCAUGAACAGGCCUUUUUUCUGUUCUUCUUCCCUAAAUUGAGGGAUUAUUCCUAAGCUGCAGAACGAGAACGAGACACCAGAAACC